ACGCUAUCGUGCGAAUAUAGUUGGAAACGACUGUAUUUCUCAUACAAACGCCUUUCGCCGCGUUGGUGAUGCGUCUUUUUGCAUUUGCAGAAGGCGCACGUCGCUGCUGACAAGUAAAUUUUGUUGCUGGACUUCACCUUUUGUUCUCAAUACUGUGACCAACAUAUACACAGCCAUGGCGGACAAUCCUUUGGCCAAUGCUAAUGGCCAAAUCAUCAAGAUGGAGGUGGACUACAGUAACACUUGCGAUGAAAAAAUACCCCAGUGCAAGAAAAUGGCUGCUGACGGCAAAAUGCACGAUGCCUUGGACUCACUUCUUGCAUUGGAGAAGCAAACCCGCACAGCUGCUGAUAUGGCAUCAACUGGACGUAUCCUAGUUGCAAUUGUACAGAUAUGCAAGGAUGCCGGUAACUGGGGAGCCUUGAAUGAACAUAUUCAGGUUUUAGCCAAGAGACGCUCUCAGUUGAAGCAAGCUGUGGUGAAAAUGGUUCAAGAGUGUUGUACCUAUGUGGAUGUAAUGCCCACCAAAGAACUCAAGGUUCAGCUCAUUGACACCUUGAGGUCUGUCACCGAAGGAAAGAUUUAUGUUGAAGUUGAACGAGCCCGUCUGACACACAUUCUGGCUAAGAUGAAAGAAGAUGAGGGCAGUGUUACUGAGGCUGCAAAUAUCAUUCAAGAGUUACAAGUAGAAACUUAUGGUUCAAUGGAAAAGAGAGAAAAGGUUGAGUUAAUUUUAGAACAGAUGCGUUUGUGCUUGGCCAAGAAAGAUUAUAUUCGCACACAAAUCAUUUCCAAGAAAAUAAAUGUGAAGUUCUUUGAAGCUGAAGAUACACAUGAUCUUAAACUUAAAUAUUAUCGCCUUAUGAUUGAAUUGGAUCAGCAUGAAGGCUCUUUCUUGGCAACAUGCAAGCACUACCGUGCCGUCCUGGACACCCCAUCAGUUCGGGAUGAUGCGGCGCAGCGCACCAUGAUUUUGCAGAAUGUGGUUUUGUACCUUGUUCUUGCCCCUUAUGACAAUGAACAGGCUGAUCUUACUCACCGUGUCCUUCAAGACAAACUCAUGGAGGAAGUUGCACCAUACAGAGACCUCUUGAGGCUAUUUAUUAACCCAGAGUUGAUUAAGUGGUCAGCUCUUCGUGAAAUUUAUGAGAAAGAGCUGAAGUUUGGAUCUGCCAAGUUUCCAGCAACAGAUGUAUUUAACCCCAAAUCAGAGGAAGGCCAGAAACGUUGGAAGGAUCUCCGGAAUCGUGUUGUUGAGCAUAAUAUCCGUGUAAUGGCAAAAUACUACACAAGAAUAACUUUGAAGAGGAUGUCUGAGUUGUUGGAUUUGCCAAUUGAAGAGACUGAAGAUUUCCUUUCCAACAUGGUUGUAAGCAAGACAAUAGAGGCAAAAACUGAUCGGCCUGCUGGGGUGGUUAGCUUUACACGUAGCCAAGAUCCUAAUGAUGUCCUCAACGCCUGGGCCACUCACCUUAGUGCUCUGAUGCAACUGGUGAACAAGACCACCCAUCUUAUCAAUAAGGAAGAGAUGGUCCACAAGCACCUGCACCUUAUGUCUGUUGGAGACAAGAACUGAUUCAACUGGAACCCUCACUCCAAGGCAGAUGUGUGUCUGCUUGUAGCAUAAUUUUCCUGUCCAGAGUAUUUUCAAGGGAAAAAGCUGCAUUAAAAUGACAAAAAGAACUGUACAUUUACUAAACCACUCUCCUAGCAAUUUUCUUACCCAUUAAAUCAUUUAAAUACUA